AUGGAUGAUACAGAAAUUAAUAGGGAGAAAGGUCGAUAUAUUCGAGUUAUGGUUGAAGUAGAUGUCAAGGAAGAAUUACCUGAUACUAUGGAGGUGGAUAUUCAUGGGGUUGAUUGUGUUCUUGAAUUUGAAUACGAAUGGAAGCCACAAAUUUGUACACUCUGUCAGAAAAUUGAUCAUGUUUCUGGUCAUUGUCCUCAAAGAGUUCUACAGACAAAGCCGAAGAAGAAAAAAUUGGUGGAUAAAUGGGUAGUGAAACAAAAGGGAAAACUGGUGGUUCAAGAUGUAGAUGAGGUGCUUGAAGAAACGUCUCUAAGAGAUAAUACAGUUCAUCAACCUAUUAUUUCCCUUCCAACUUCAAACACUUUUCAAUUAUUACAAUAA